UGGCGGGCGGCCCGGGGCGCACACGGUCCCGGCCGGGGCAGCGUUGCCAAGGUGACCCCGCGCUGGGCAGGCAGCGGGCAGCAGCGACGACAGCCAUGAGCGGCCGGAAGCGCAGCUUCACCUUCGGCGCCUAUGGAGGGGUGGACAAAUCCUUCUCCCCCCGACAGAGUGUGUGGAGGAGUGAUGGACAGAAGCAGAGUUUCCCGCAGGCACUAGACCUGUUACUCGUGGGCUCAGUUCCAUCCCACCCUGCCUCACCCUACCCUAAGAACACAGAUCUGUUUGAGAUGAUUGAAAAGAUGCAGGGAAGCAGGAUGGAUGAACAGCGGUGCUCCUUCCCACCACCCCUCAAAACGGAGGAGGACUACAUCCCCUACCCAAGUGUCCACGAGGUUUUGGGGCGAGAAGGGCCCUUCCCCCUCAUCCUGCUGCCCCAGUUUGGGGGCUACUGGAUUGAAGGCACCAACCAUGAAAUCACCAGCAUCCCGGAGACCGAGCCACUGCAGUCUCCCACCACCAAAGUCAAGCUGGAGUGCAACCCCACAGCGCGUAUCUACCGGAAGCACUUUCUCGGCAAGGAGCACUUCAACUACUAUUCACUGGACGCUGCUCUCGGCCACCUGGUCUUCUCGCUCAAGUAUGAUGUCAUUGGGGAUCAGGAGCACCUGCGGCUGCUGCUGAGGACCAAGUGUCGGACCUUCCAUGACGUCAUCCCCAUCUCCUGCCUCACGGAGUUCCCCAACGUGGUCCAGAUGGCAAAGCUGGUAUGUGAAGAUGUCAACGUGGAUCGAUUCUACCCUGUGCUCUACCCCAAGGCCUCCAGGCUCAUUGUCACCUUUGACGAACAUGUUAUCAGCAAUAACUUCAAGUUUGGAGUCAUUUAUCAGAAGCUCGGGCAGACGUCUGAGGAAGAACUCUUCAGCACCAACGAGGAAAGUCCUGCCUUCGUGGAGUUCCUUGAGUUUCUGGGCCAGAAAGUCAAGCUGCAGGACUUCAAGGGGUUCCGAGGAGGCCUGGAUGUGACUCACGGGCAGACGGGGACCGAGUCUGUGUACUGCAACUUCCGCAACAAGGAGAUCAUGUUUCACGUGUCCACCAAGCUGCCAUACACAGAAGGGGACGCCCAGCAGUUGCAGCGGAAGCGGCAUAUUGGGAACGACAUCGUCGCUGUGGUCUUCCAGGACGAAAACACGCCCUUCGUGCCGGACAUGAUUGCAUCCAACUUUCUGCAUGCCUAUGUGGUGGUGCAGGCAGAGGGGGGCGGCCCCGAUGGCCCCCUUUACAAGGUCUCCGUCACCGCGAGAGACGAUGUGCCCUUCUUUGGGCCCCCCCUCCCGGACCCUGCUGUGUUCAGGAAGGGGCCUGAGUUCCAGGAAUUUCUGCUGACGAAGUUGAUCAACGCUGAGUACGCUUGCUACAAAGCAGAGAAGUUUGCCAAACUGGAGGAGCGGACGCGUGCUGCCCUUCUGGAGACGCUCUAUGAGGAGCUCCACAUCCACAGCCAGUCCAUGAUGGGCCUGGGCGGCGAUGACGACAAGAUGGAGAACGGCGGGGGUGGCGGCGGCUUCUUCGAGUCUUUCAAGAGGGUCAUCCGGAGCCGGAGCCAGUCCAUGGACGCCAUGGGCCUGAGCAACAAGAAGACCAACACUGUGUCUACCAGCCACAGCGGGAGCUUCACCCCCAACAACCCUGACCUGGCCAAGGCAGCUGGAAUAUCAUUGCUUAUUCCCGGGAAAAGCGCGAGUAGAUUCGGACGCCGGGGCAGCGCCUUAGGCAUAGGAGCUGUGGAAGAGUCCCUGAUUGUCCCCGGGAAAAGCCCCACAAGGAAGAAGUCUGGUCCUUUUGGCUCCCGCCGCAGCAGCGCCAUUGGGAUCGAGAACAUCCAGGAAGUGCAGGAGAAGAGGGAGAGCCCUCCAGCUGGCCAGAAGACCCCAGACAGUGGGCACGUCUCACAGGAGCCCAAGUCUGAGAACUCUUCCACUCAGAGCUCCCCAGAGAUGCCUACAACCAAGAACAGAGCGGAGACGGCCGCCCAGAGAGCAGAAGCGCUGCAGGGCUUUUCCAGAUCCUCAUCCAGCGCCAGCAGCUUCGCCAGCGUGGUGGAGGAGACAGAGGGCGUAGACGGGGAUGACACAGGCAUGGAGAGCGUGUCGUCCUCAGGAACUCCCCAUAAGCGGGACUCCUUCCUCUACAGCACAUGGCUGGACGACAGCGUGAGCACCACGAGCGGGGGCAGCUCCCCAGGCCUUACACGGUCACCCCACCCAGACGCCGGCAAGUCGGGGGACCCUGCGUGUCCCGAGAUCAAGAUCCAAUUGGAAACAUCUGAGCAGCACACACCCCAGAUGGGCUGCUAGCUGCCACCUCAUCAGAAGGCGGGACUGAGCAGAUGAGGCCUCAGAAGCACAAGGAGAAGACGCUGCAACACAUCCAGGCAGCUGGCCCUCUGCCCCACAGUCACCCCAGCCCCUGGCACCCCUGCCUCCAAGCCCCGGGCCCACCCACCUGGGCUGUCUCCGCAGGGCGGAGCCAUCCAGAGCUGGGAGCGGAUGCUGCUGGCAUCACCCCACCCCUCAACCCCAGGCUGGGGCUCUGGGUGUGGGCAGGCACUGUGGCCCUGGAUCGCCCCCACCUGGGCCUCUGUCACCCCUGAGUUCCCCUCUGGAGCCACGGGGAACAGGGUAGGA